CUCCUUUGGUCUUCUUCCGCCUCUCUCUUGCAUAAGACGUGUGUAUUGGCGCAGAGCUGGGCGAAAAUGGUUCAGCGGCUCGUUUACCGUUCGCGCCACUCCUACGCGACCAAGUCGAACCAACACCGCAUCGUCAAAACUCCCGGGGGGAAGUUGGUUUACCAGACUGCGAAGAAGAGAGCCAGUGGACCCAAGUGCCCUGUCACUGGAAAGAGAAUCCAAGGGAUUCCGCAUCUGAGACCUGUUGAGUACAAAAGGUCGAGGUUGUCAAGGAACCGAAGGACCGUGAACCGUGCCUAUGGUGGUGUCUUAUCUGGAGGAGCUGUUAGGGAGAGGAUAAUCCGUGCUUUCUUGGUCGAGGAGCAGAAAAUUGUGAAGAAGGUGCUGAAGCUUCAGAAGGCGAAGGAAAAGCUAGCCACUAAGAGUUAAGAGGGACCCCUCGAAUGCUAAAACCCUUUGUUGGAUUUCACAUACACAAUCAGGAGAGGAGGGAGAGCAAAAGAAUCAGAUGCAAAUUUUGGUAUGAUCUUGGCGUUAUUGCAACUUGAGAUUUGGUGUAUGAUUUCGGUUUCAGUUUCAGUUUGUUCGAAUCAGAUUUUUUUCUGAGUUCUUUCAAGAAUUAUAGUUAUGUCAUUUCGCUGCUGAUU